CUCAGGUUUGAUCGCCGCGCGCUGCUGACAGUCGCCGCGAACUCGUGCUCGGUGGCGAUUUAACGGCAUUAAGCGGCGGCGGGCUGUCGUUAUUCGGUUACCGGAGGGUUAUGACUUUAAACAUGUUCACCUAACCCAUCCUGAGCGGUAGUGAUGCGCUCACGAGUUCGUGAGGCGGCCGAUUGUCAUUUCGACUUAGCUGGCGUUCGCUUAGCCGCCACAGGCUAAUUAAUUAACCCGUUUUGUGAGGUAAAUAUUGACUCCAAAUCACUGGAAACGCGACAAAAACGCCACAACGCCGACCUACAGCGAGGACCAGCGCUGUUUCAUCGUAUUGGCUGAACGCGAGGGAUUAACGGCAGGUUGAGCUGUGACGAUUGUGUGGAUAAGAAAGUUGUGCAGGAUGCAGGGAAAUAGAGAAGACGCUCGUUCACCAUGACACCCCCCCCGCUCUCAUCUCAGCCAUAGGAACACACGCGCACACACACACACACACACACACACGCAGAAGAACACACACCAUCACACUACAGCCCAGGUGUGUCAGGGUUUGUGAGGUGUGCGCUUUGAGGGAUCAUGUCUGUGGUCUUCACACCCGAUGGGAUGUUGGAGGGCGACGGCUCUCUGUCCACCGAUGCUUCCACGGGCAUCCGUGGCAAAAUCAGCCCGACGGCACUCGCAAAAGACGCCAACUCCGACAGCACCGAACCAGACGACAACCUCUCCCAGGAUGCACAGCGGCGCUGUCAGAAUCACGGCCACACUAGGAAACGAGCCAAGUCGAAUGCGAAGCUGAAGCUGGUGAGGAGUCUUGCAGUUUGUGAGGAAUCUUCAGGACCGUUUUUGACCGACGGCCCUCCAGAAUCGCAGGACAUCAUUCAGCUUCACAUCAGCUGUCCGUCCGAUAAAGAAGAGGAGAAAUCCUCGAAAGACGAGUACGAGAAUGAGGAGAGGGAAAAGAAGGAUAAAACUCCACGCAAGAUGCUCUCGCGCGACUCCAGUCAGGAAUACACUGACUCCACAGGGAUUGAUGUGCACGAGUUCCUGGUGAACACACUGAAAAACAACCCCAGAGACAGAAUGAUGCUGCUCAAGCUGGAACAGGAUAUACUGGAGUUCAUUAAUGAUGAGAAUAAUCAGUAUAAGAAGUUUCCUCAAAUGACCUCAUAUCAUCGCAUGCUGCUGCAUCGGGUCGCUGCCUACUUUGGCUUGGAUCACAACGUGGACCAAACAGGCAAAGCGGUCAUCAUCAACAAGACCAGCAACACACGCAUCCCCGAGCAGAGGUUCUCUGAGCACAUUAAAGAUGAGCGCAACAUGGACUUCCAGAAGAAGUUCAUCCUGAAGCGAGACGAUGCCAGCAUGGAUAAAGACGAUAAUCAGAUCCGGGUACCGCUGCAAGACGGCCGCCGCAGCAAGUCCAUCGAGGAGCGAGAGGAGGAGUACCAGCGCGUCAGAGAUCGCAUCUUUGCACGAGAAUUCUCACAGAAUGGAUACAUCAAUGAUAACAGACUGUCCAUUGAAGGCUACUCUUCGUCCUCUCAAAAGCGGAGGCAGAUUUUUAGGGGUAACAGGGAAAGCUCCAGCCGGGCGUCUAGCAGUCGCCAGAGCAGCACCGAUAGCGACAUGAAGAGCCUGGAGCCGCGUCCGUGGAGCAGCACAGACUCGGACAGCUCCAACCGUACGCUCAGACCUCCGGUCACCAAAGCCAGCAGCUUCAGCGGCAUCUCCAUCCUCACGCGCGGAGACAGUCUGGGCAGCGCCAGGGGCUCCCGCACAGGUCUUCCCACAGUCACUCCAGACGUUUGUACGCCCUCUCAGCUGCCCCAGCAGAGCCGCGGGCUCCUGCCGUGUCCCCCGAACUGCCCCUCCGGAGCCCCUCAGACCCCGAGCCAACCUGGCCCCCCGCCGCUGCUGCCGACCCCGACUCACACACACGCACACACUCACACACAGCACGCCAUCAGCGCACACAAUCACAUGCUGCCUCAGCCGUCUGCGCAGGCUGUGUCUUAUUCAAACCCUUCGUGCCCUCAGGUCAUCUUGCCUGUUUCUCCUUCCCAGCAGUACAACAUGGGAGAUGAGUUGACUCCAGGUUUCAGGCAGAUGUCUCUCAGCCGUCAGAGCUCCAGCGAGGCACCUGAGCCACCCAGCCUAUACCAGCCUCCACCCGCCGUACUAUCCCAGCAUCCUCCACCGCAGCCCAGCUACAUCUUGCCCCCGCCGCCCUCUGGAUACCAGCCUGCCGCUCCACACCCACAUCCUCCUCCACCACCGCCUCCACCAACACAACCCAUCCUACAGACAGCUCCGCCCGCACAGGGAUACAUGCAGCCUCCGCCACAGCAGAUCCAGGUUCAGUAUUAUUCCACCGGAGGACAGUAUCCGAAUUCAGGCCAGCAGUACCGCUCCAUCUCUCACCAGGUGUCGUAUCCCGCACAGCGCUCUCAGCCGCUGCCCCCGCCGGCGCAGCCCUCCGCUCCUCUCCAGCCCAUGAUGACCAAUCAGCAGCCUGCGUACCAGAGCAUGAUGGGAGUCCAGCAGCCUCAGAGCGCCAGUAUGAUGAACACGCAGCGCACGGCCAUGAACGGACAGAUGCCGGGCAUGAUGGUCCAGUACCCACCCAUGCCCUCCUAUCAGCCGCCCAGUUCAGAUCAGUACCAGAUGACCCAGUCUGCCUCGCCCUGCAGCCCACAGCCAAUGCAACAGCAGUAUUCAGGGGUUCCUCCUCCUGGUCCUAGUGUCAUGGUAAUGCAGCUCAGUGUCCCUAACGGACCGCAGCCGACCCAGAAUCCUCCGCUGGUGCAGUGGAACCCCUGCAAGUACUACAGCAUGGAGCAGAGACCCAGCAACCCCGAGCCGCAGUGUGUGUGUGUGUGUGUGUGUGUGUCAGCAGAUGGACGCUACUCUUUACUGGGGCAGCCGCUGCAGUACAGUCUGUGUCCUCCUCCCAUCAUGCACAACCACAACCAGUCCUCCUACAGCUCCCAUCAGAGUCAGGGAGUGAUGAAGCACGGAGCGCGGGGGAAAAGACAAACGCUCAAAUCUGCUUCUACAGACCUCGGGACUACUGACGUGGUGGUGAGUCGGGUGCUGGAGGUCACAGACCUCCCCGAGGGCAUUUCCCGUCCGGAGGCCGAGAAGCUCUUUAACCAGCUCUCGCUCUGCGGCGCCAAGAUCCAGUGGCUGAAGGACCCUCAGUGUCCCCGGGGCCCCGGCGGCGGCGGAGGAGGACGGGGAGACGCCAGGGACCCCGCUAACCUCUACACCGUGGUGGCCGUGUUCCCCAACACCAUGGCGGCCCAGAGCGCCUCCUUCAAACUCAACAACAGCGGCGGAAGCUUGUUCAAACUGCGCGCCACCAAAAAGAACUAUGACUUGCGUGUGCUGGAGCGAGCGAGCUCGCAGUGAGUCGGGAGAGAGAGAGAGGAAGUCGAAGAUGUCAAAGGGAAGAGAUCAUCCUGGAGUUCCUUAGGGAUCUUUUUUAUUGUUUGUAUCAUUACCAGAAGAGCACAUAUGACACAGAAGUGUGUUGCGUUGUACAUGUGUCGUAUGACGCGCACACACACUCAUAGACACAACCGGGCAUCUUAAAGGGUUAGUUCA